GCCAUUAUCAGUGUGUUCUGUUAAAGUACAGCAAAAUGAAACUGGCUCAUAUUGCUUGUUUUUUUGGUGUUUUUUGUAUAAUGGGUGUAUUUCCGCAAGCACCGGAAGGAAGCAGCCAAGACUUUCCUGUAAUCCAAAUACGAGACGGAUCAGUUCGUGGAAGACGAUCCAGGACCAUUGGGGAUCAAACUGUUUAUUAUGCCUUCCAAGGCAUACCAUAUGCAGAGCCACCAACAGGAAAUCGACGAUUUAGGCCACCAGAGAAAAAAUCAGCAUGGAAAGGAGUACUCAACGCCACCCAAGAUAAGAGCCAGUGUAUUCAAGGUGGAAACCCUCCACAGGGGUCAGAGGACUGUUUGUAUAUUAAUGUGUACACACCUAACUUGAAAGGAAGAAAACUACCUGUCAUGGCGUGGAUACACGGGGGAGGUUUCAACUUGGGCAAUUCCAGUUACAUAAGCUAUGGCCCAGAUUACCUCUUGGAAAAAGACAUAGUCUUUGUGUCUUUCAAUUACCGUUUGGGGAUAUACGGUUUUGGAAGCACCGAGGACUCUACUUGUCCGGGAAAUUUUGGAUUCAAGGACCAGAUUCUGGCUCUGAAAUGGGUGCAGGAUAACGUUGCGUCCUUUGGGGGAGAUCCCAAGAAAGUGACGAUAUUCGGAGGAAGCGCUGGAUCUGCCUCGGUUUCCUAUCUACUUCAAACCAAUCUCACUAGGGAUUUAUUCAGGGCUGGUAUAAUGGAGAGUGGAACGUCUCUAUGCCUAUGGGCGCUCGACAGAAGAUCCAGAGAAACUAUGUUUGCCGUUGGCGGAGCCCUGAAUGUCGAUACUUCAAGUUCAACAAGUUUAAUUAAUGGCUUGAGGAAAAUUAAUUCACUUCAGUUACAAGAUGUCGCAUUUGGGAUGUCAAUUACUGCCCUUUUAGAUAAUCUCCUAAACGGUCUAGUGUACGGACUUGUCAAAGAACCUGGAGUCGUGGAUAAAUAUAGCGAGUUAGAGCUGUCUCAAGGCCGAUUCUUGAGGAAGCCCGUAAUUAUUGGUUUUACAUCUAGCGAAGCAGCUACAGUAGGUGGUUUUCCAGCAACGGUGCGUCAAUAUUUCGAAAGAUAUGACAACAAUAUAUCAGGACUGACACCUAUUAAUCUUACAAGAAAUUCAACGAAAAUAAUGCAAGCAGCGACUGACAUAAAAUCAUUCUAUUUUGGUACAUCGCCCAUCGCUGGACAGACAGAAGCUAUUGUAAAGUUUAUUAGUGACGACCUAUUUAAUAGAGCAGUUAGAAGAACUGUAAUCGAUCAAUCUAAAUAUGUCUCUGUGUACUUUUACAAAUUUUCUUAUACUGGUCUUCUAGGAGCACCAAAUAGAAGCCAAGAGGGAGCUGGGCAUGGUGAAGAAACUAGUUACCUCUUCAGAACGUAUCCUAAUUUCACCGUCUCUCCAGAUGAUAUUCGUACAAGAUCGAGGAUGGUUAAGUUAUGGACCAAUUUUGCAAAAUUCUUACUCCCUACACCGUCCAUAGACCCACUUCUGGAAAAUGUAAUUUGGUUACCAUCAAAUGUUAUACCCAACAAUGAACUGUAUUUGGAUAUAGACAAAGAUGUGGAGAUUAAAUUGAAUCCGUUUAACAAACGCAUGAAAUUUUGGGAUGGCAUCUAUAAGAAAUAUGGAGAUCCACCUUAUGAUACUUAUUGAAGAUAAAUAAAUGUACACUGUAUCAGAUAUAAUGUAAUAUAUUUUCAACAAACUUUGAAAUAAAUCGACUUUAUUGUGA